AUGACCGUUUAUUUUACGUUGUAUCCUGCAUCAAAUAACGCAAAAUACAUCCUAUACUACAUGAUGUAUCCUCAGAAUACACGAAAUAUUUUCUAUCGUAUCCUGCAUGCGCGGAGUAUACCUAAGACUGUUUUACCAGGAUAUUGUGAAGGAUACGCCGUUUACGCUGCCAAUAUCACGGCGGACGCACAAAAAUUGGCUCUAACUCAGCUACCGCAAGUAGUUUUGGGUAUUACCAUUAUUUGGUGGAAAGGAACUAUCUUAACCUAUAUCCUAGGAAAACCACAAAAUGUUGGAAAAAAUUUGUUUUCAUUUUAUAAGUUCAGUCCCAAGGAAUUCUGGUCCGUUGUCCGUCAGGAUCCGAUACUUUUGGUACUCUGGUCCGUUAUCCGUCAAGAUCCCAUACCUCUGGGUAUUCCGGUCCGUUGUCCGUCAGGAUCCGAUACUUGUAGGUACUCUGGUCCGUUAUCCGUUACGAUCCUAUAG